AUGGGCAAAAAUAAAAGCAAAAUAGAAGGGAUGGUUUCUGUGACAAUGAAUACAUCAAAUAAGGAAAAACUGAAAGAUAGUGCCAUAUCACUAAAUAAAAAUGGCGACAUUAUACUCAGGAUACAUGCAAAACCUAAUGCAAAAACAACACGUGUUAUAGAUAUUGGUGCGAACGAAGUUGAACUUGCAAUUGCGGCACCACCACAUGAUGGUCAAGCUAAUGAAGCAUUGAUUAAUGCUAUGAUGGAUAUUCUGGAAUUACGUAAAAAUGAAAUUACGUUUGAUACGGGUGCUCGGUCAAGGUCAAAGGUGUUACGACUAAUGAGUAAACGUAUCACUCUGGAAGAAGUACGUGAAAAAUUAGAAAGAAAUGCCACCGGAAAAAGAUGA